AUGGAUUCAUCGACGACAAGUGUUGUUUCUUCAUUUCUUGAGGCUGCCUAUGAGGGCGAUAUCAACCGCAUGAAGGAUCUAUUGUCCAGCAACUCUGAUCUGUCUGUUAAUGUUCAAGACUAUGAUAAGAGGACUCCUCUUCAUUUGGCUGCUGCUGGUGGUCAUAUGGAUGCUAUCAUCUACCUGUUAGGUGAAGGAGCUCAGCUGAAGACUGAUCGUUUCGGCAUGCUUCCUAUCCAUGAUGCCGUGGUGAACCAGCACAACGACAUCAAGGAAGUGCUCAGUCAGCUCGACCUCAAGUGUGACGGUGGUGUGUGUUAUCUCUCCCCUGAGAAUGAGGAAGCUUUGAAGGAGCAGGUGAAGAACACUAACAUCUCCCUGACCCCUGGGGAUUUGGAAACUAAGAUGACUCAGGUCUUCUCUAUCAUCAUCAAGGAAGGUGUACUUGCUGCCGGCUCUCUUUGGCAAGAGAUUGUUUACUACUUUGCUGAGCUCGGCCUUCACCCCAGCUACUUCAAGCACUUCACCAGUGCUCAGAUUGCCAGGCACCUUCAUUGCCUUAUCGCUGCUAAGAAGGUUGCUGAGGCUACUCAGUCUGACUAUAUCCAUUUCGAGAUUGAGGAUGCGGAUUCGGCUUUCUAUCUCACCACUAUGGAGCCUGAGAAGGUCGCCAUCACUGAUGCCAAGGUUGCCGAGUACAUCAACACUGCUCAGGAUUGUGGGUUUUCUAUCACCUUCCUCAAGUCUGAAAAGCCUCCCAUGCCUGAAGGAAAGUUCCCUCUUGGCGUCUUUGUUGUUGGUAAACAACAGUUUGACUCCAGUGUCAAGUUCGAGGACAUGAUGGAUGAGACCGAUCUCCAGCUUGUGGCUACCCCUCGAUUCCUUCAGGAGAGAUCUGUUGAAGUACAGAAGCUUUACCAGACUCUCAUUGACGAGACCAUGGCUACUCGCAACACUGUUGUUAAGGUGUUCGAUGCUCCUGCUAACUUGGCUCAGAAGUCCGGCGCCCAAGUGUUGCAGCUUGCUGCCUUCGAUGUGGAUCGUAAGGGAAGUGCUUACAUCUCUGAGAUCAACGAAUGCUUCCGUUCCCAUAAUGUCGAGCCUAAGAGGUUCUAUUUCAUCUUCUCUUUCUUCCCCAAGGAGACUGAGGAGUAUCUUGCUUUGGCUGACUAUUUCAAGAAUGAUCCGUCCAAGAAGAGUGAGUUGGAUAGUUUAUUCAGAGAUACCAUGGCUAAUGCUAUCACCUAUGAGAGGAUCUAUGAUGCUCUUAGUUCUAACUAUGAGCUCACUCUACCCAUGUUCGAUGACUUCAAAAAGGUUGCCACUGGUCUCUCCAAGCCCUUCUACAAUCAGGAGUUGGCUGACAAGGUUGACGAUCAAGUUGGAUCUCGUUUCGAUGCGAAGAUCUUGAAGACUUUGUUAAAACUUAGUGCUCAUCUGCAGAUGACUAACUUCUUCAAGGCGGGUACAGCUUCUGCCAUUGCAAUGAGGUUUGAUGGUGAGGUCCUGGCCGAUCGUCCGAGGACUCUCUUCCCCAGGAUCCCUUAUGCUGUUUAUCUGGUCGUUGGCAGAAGCUUCUACGGCUUCCACAUCCGAUUUACUGAGAUCGCUCGUGGUGGUAUCAGGCUCAUUCUGUCCAGGAACAGACAGGUGUACAAGAAGAACUGCGCUACUUUGUUGGAGGAAAACUACAACUUGGCCUUCACUCAGCAGUUAAAGAACAAGGAUAUUCCUGAGGGCGGCUCGAAGGGUACCAUCCUCAUGGAUAUGGACUCUCAGAACUUGAAGACAAGCGGUCGUGAUGCUUUCAAUAGCUAUGUUGAUGCUCUUCUCGAUUGCAUCCUUGCCAAGGAGACCGGCCUCCACUCCAACCUUUCCAAGCCUGAGAUGCUCUUCUUUGGCCCCGAUGAGAAUACUGCUGGAUUCAUGAAAUUGGGUGCUUUGAGAGCCAAGGCUCGUGGUUACAAAUACUGGAAGUCUCUAACUACCGGUAAAUCCGCCGUCCUCGGUGGUAUUCCUCAUGACAAGUACGCCAUGACCACCAACUCUAUCCAUCCAUACGUUGUCGAGCUCUUGAAUAAGCUGGGUGUUGAGGAGUCUAAUCUCACCAAAGUGAUGUCCGGUGGUCCCGAUGGUGAUCUUGGUUCUAACGAAAUUCUCAUCUCUAAAGACAAGACAAUUGCCAUCUGUGAUGGUACCGGUGUUGCUUAUGACCCUCAAGGAUUGAAUAGAGAGGAGCUCACUCGUCUGGCUCAUCUCAGAGUUGGUGUUGCCAACUUCUCUCGUGAUAAACUGUCAUCUGAUCCGAAGGCAUUCUUGGUCACCAUUGAUGAUAAGGAUGUAACUCUUCCUAAUGGAGAUCACUUCAAGUCCGGGGUUGAGGUGCGAAAUCAUUUCCCAGAGAUGGAGUACUUCUCUGCUGAUCUCUUCAUCCCUUGUGGUGGUCGUCCCGGUACUAUUAACAUUGGUAAUGUUGAUAAGACCAUGUUCAAUCCUGAGACUAAGGAGCUCAAGUUCAAGUAUGUUGUGGAGGGUGCCAACUUAUUCUUGACCGAUGAUGCUCGUCGAUAUCUUGAGGAUGCUGGUGUCCAGCUAUUCAAGGAUGCUUCCACUAACAAGGGUGGUGUUACUUCUAGCAGUAUGGAGGUGUUCGCUGCUCUUAGCAUGGAUACGGCUGAUCAUGACGAGUUCCUUUGCGCUCGUGAUGAGACUAGUGCUCCUCCUGAGUUCUACGAACAGUACGUACAGGAGAUCCUUGCCGCUGUUCGCCAUAAUGCCAAGAUGGAGUUCAAUGGCAUCUGGAAGACUAACCACGAGGUGAAGUAUCCUGAUGGAUCAAGGUAUAUUCGUAAGACUGAUGCCACCAUCUUAUUGUCUAAGAAGAUCAACGACAUGCAGUCUUACAUCCUUGGCGUACUCGAGGAACACGACCCUGAGAAUGACUGGAUGGUUCGUGCUGUUCUCAGACGUUGUGUGCCCAGAUUGCUUCUUGUUCAUUGUGGUUUGGAUAAGAUAGUCGAGAACACCCCCGAGGCUUAUCUCAAUGCUAUGGUUGCUACUUGGAUUGCUGACGAGUUUGUCUACUCUAACGGUCUGAAGACGAGCGAGUUCGCCUUCUUCCAGUUCAUGCGCUCACUAGAGGAGAAGUCCGAAGGUGAGGUUACCCCUUCUACUAUGUGA